CCCUAAGAGAAUCUGAAAGAGAGUUUUAUAAUACAUCCAUGUUUGCAAUCCGUUCGUGGUCCGUUUGUGGUUCUUCUUGCGCGUGUGUAGUGCCGUUUCGUGCUCAUAGAUAAAUGCGUGUGUGUCGUGCGGCAGUAGGUAGUACUGCGGCUGAGAUGCGGAGGAGGAGUUUUGGAUCACUUCCUUUCAGUUGACGUUCAGCUCUGGACCAUCCAUGCUUCCGACGUGCGGGCUCAAUUUAUAGGAAGAAUACCGUUAUCCGAAAGAAUGUUUUUGAGACCGAAGACAUAUACCACAUAUGAUCUUUCGAUCGUUUAUACUAUAUUGUAAGGAAUGACAGAGUACCUGUGUUGUCAUAUUUUGGCCUUGUUUCUCUUCUUCUUUUGUCCUCCUCCGUUUCCAGCUGUUAUAUAAAGCCCACAGUCAUACGGAAUGUGGUACAGAAGUGAUUUAGAAGAUGGAUACGAAUCGAACAAAACGGGCUCCAGUGGCGGCGGUUCUCUAGGAUGGGUCUCUGGCCACGAAUCACCCUGGCACAGCAACCCCCCUGGCCCUGGGAACAGUAUCUCUGGUGGGCGCCGACACAGCACAGUGUCUGACAGUGGUGACACUGGAAUUGGCACUUACUGCUCUGACAGCGUGGAAGAAGACUCCAGUUCCAGUACCACGCCUUUGUCUUUCCAGCCACUGUACGAGCAUCUCAUGGGCCAGGAUGAUAGUGCCAUCCCUGUUGUCCACGCCAUGCUGUCCCCAUCCUCCUCACCCUACACCAGUUUUAGAAAGCCAGCCACACCGAGCAGCACAGGUCGCUGGAGCAGGUCUUGCCAGCGGCUUACGUCAGACAUGUCUCCCCUGGGUGCACCAAGCUGUCUGGAUAUGAAGGACCAUCAGCCCAUCCGGAGGUGGUCCUCUCUCACCAAGUUGUCAUCUGGGGCUGAUAAGAGCUCCACUCGGACAUCAGUCGAUCAGUACAACCCAGAUUCACAAGGCUCCCUGGACAGAAGUCUGCUAUAUGGGUACAGAAAACAACCUCAUGGUUCAAACUUGGACCUUUAUCUGCCUAUAUCUUCCUCCUUGCUCUGCCAUACCUUGCUGCAGCGCUCACCAGGUGCUGGCCCCUGCUACCGAUACAACCACAGCAGUAGAUCCAAUGGUUUGGAAACAGACCUGUCCCUUUCCUCAGCUCUGUCAUCAUCCGUAAAACACAACAGUUUGGACAUGAACUAUAGUGCUUUACCAGAAGCAAAACUGGUUCGGGGAGGUGCACAGGUUUAUGGCCUCAGCUUACCCAACCAAGCAAACUCACUGGGUCAUCAGACUGAUAGAGACUCCCCAAUUCAGCCUGCAGUUCGCACCCAGAUGUGGCUGACUGACCAGAUGGAGUACAGGCCCAAAGUAGAGGGUGGAGGUCAACCUGGUCAAAUCAGUGCUACUGGAACAGAGGGCUGUGGUGUAGAUGGGCCGUUGUCAUGUCAACAGGGACAUCAGCAGGAACUAGGGCUUAACCAGAUGCUGAUAGGGGCCUCCCUUCCUGUCAAAACUCUGGUGAAGGUUAAAGAGGGGCUGCUGAGACAGAGAGAACUGGAGAUAGAAAGACAAAAGCAGCAGGUCUUGCAGCUCCAUGCCCGGAUCAGAGAGAAUGAGCUCAGAGCGCAGCAGGUCCUGCAGAGCCAAAGGGGGUGGUAUGACGACCCCCACAUUCAAAAUACUAAGGAAUCAGCAAUGAGAACUCCAUCUGAUAGGCUGUGCUGUGAUGAAGAACUUGGUAGGAAGCUAGCAGUGGCUGAACUGGAAGUACUCCAUUUGAAUGAGUUCUUCAAGCAAGUCACACAAAAAUAUACAGAGGACAUCAGAAAACUGGAGGAAAAGAUAAAGACGAGGGAUCGCUACAUCAGUAGUCUGAAAAAGAAGUGUCAGCGAGAGAGCGAACAGAACCAAGAAAAACAACAACGCAUAGAGACACUGGAGAAAUAUCUUUCCGACCUGCCAACGCUGGAUGAGGUGCAGGCCCAGGCUCAAAAGCAGGAGGAGGUACAGCAGAAUGCCAAGGAUCUGGAGAAAACAGCAUCUCGGUUACAGAAGAGCCUCGACGAAGGAUAUGCUCUGAUGAAGGAGAAAGACAUCAGGAAUGAGAUGCAGGCCAUGAGGGAAAAGGAGUUGAUUGCAUCUGUACAAAGCCUGCAAGAGAAGGUGCAGCACUGUUUGGACGAUGGGGUGAGGUUGCCCAUGCAGGACCUGAAACGGCUUGAGGUGGAAAACACUCAACUUUUAGAGCAGCAAGACAACAGCAGCAGGCUGAUUGAGCAUCAGAAAGAACGGAUUGAGAGACUGACCUUGCAGCUAAAGCAGCGGCAGGUGGAUAAAGGGCUGUUGGUGCAUCCCCUGUCUCAUGUGGAGAUGCCUGAGGUGGGCCGGCUUCUGAAAGAGAUGUCCCUAUGUUUACUGGACCUCCAAGCUCUCUGCAGCAUCCUGGCUCAGAGAGCACAGGGGAAAGAGCCUAACCUGUCUCUGCUUCUGGGCAUGAAAUCAUUGAGUGUUUCGGCAGAGGAGAGUGACUGCAGAGUAGCUGUGGAAGAAGAACUGAGGUUCAAGCUUCUGGAAGUCGGCCAGCUCAGGAGAGACAUUGAUGACCUAAGGAAAAGCAUCUCAGACUGCUAUGCUCAGUAGAUGGGUGACAGUUGUGUCUCUCAUUGACAGCAAGUAUCCUCCAGCUCUGAUGACACUGCUAUAACCCAGUGUGUGUUUUAAGUUUUACUUUCAUAUACUUCAUAGAUAACUACAUAAAUAAUUACAUUAAUUAUAACUACAAUUACAAGGUCCACAACAAUGCAGACUUUCCCAAAACAAUUAUUUUGUGCCACCUUCACGGUGUGGUUUGCACAUGACAGACAAUGGUAAUGUGUCAUGCACACCAAUCAUGUUGUUCAGCCUACCCCCAUAUACAGUAUAUAUAUACAUAUGGUUUGCCUUCACACAACAGUUUUGUGUUGGACCCAAGACCAGUUUACAACAACUUUGACAAUAUACUAGAGGUGUGACGAGAUCAAAAUGUAACAAGACUUCUCGUCGAGGUAGAAAUUGACUUGCGAUAUCGGUCACAAGCGCAGAGCAACCGGCAGACGCCAGUAGACGAGUCUAACCUGGUUAGUCUUAUAAUACAUCUGGCUUUGACGAUGAGUCUGGCUUGGACCUCUAAAUCAGCAUAGAAGAUCUCCUGCCCGUUCUACAAAGUUGACUCUGAGUUCACUUUUGCAGAGCGGUAGCGGAGUUGCAGUUGUACAAAGCUGCCAGUAGAACACAAUGUAAUAAUGAUAGAGGGUACGGCUUCUUGCUCUCUCACUCCCGCCCGACAAACACACACGGACUGCAGCGUGCGGUGUGGCCCUGACUCGCACAGAUCGCUCUCUUUCUCUGUCUUUUUUUAAAUGAGUCGGAAGCAGACUUAAUAAACUUUACUUUUAAUGAUAUUGAACAAAGAGAAAUGUUCUCCCCUCAUCUUAAAAUGGUCAUAAAUCACUACAAGAGCAGCCUACUUCCUUGUUUACUGCCGCAAUGAAACGCUUGGCUAACCUUGGUUCUCUGAGUAAAGAAUAUUUUUUCAGUCAUAUUUCUUAAUUUAAGUUUUCUUAGUGUUAAAAAUAGUGUUAAAAUCUCGCCUUGUCUCGUGAACCCCAUCUGGUGAUUCGUCUCGUGAGGUGAGUGUCUCGUCAUACCCCUACAAUAUACCAAACUCUCUUGGCAAACGGCCUUGGAUCUGGAAAAAAUCUCUAAAAUCAGCCCAUGUGUGAAGACACCUUUCAACACUUUCAUCUGCCAGAAUCUACACAACUGAAAGAAAAUGUGUAUUUAUUUGACAAUAGAUCAAAUAAUCUGUCGCUUGUAGUAAUUAACUCACAGAUUAUCAACUUUAACUGUGCAGUUUCACUCAGCUUUAUAGAGCAUUUUAAUCCGUAUCUGCUGGAUAUGUACAAUAAAUAAGCAACUGUUUAUAUACAGUAAGGAUAUGUCACUGUUGUAUUUACAGUUUGUUGCGCUGCCCACAAGUAGCCCAAAACGUGUUCAUUUAAUAGUUUAAGGCCUCUGAACACCCACGCAGGUGUUUCAGUUAUUCUGGCCGGUAAGACCUCUGCUCAGGUUGAAGGUGCGCCAGAGUUUUGAUAGAAAUGUAUUCGGUCACAAAUCUUCAUCUACCAAUAAGAAUUAUAAAGCUGUCAUUUGUCCUGACCUAACCGGUGCAAAAAAAGCUGACCGGAGACUCAGGAAUUUAUAAAUUACAGUCUACACCCAUACAGUGAUGGGAAGAGGUUUAAUGAGCUUGAUCAACUGAAAAUGUCUGUGUGAACGUUCAGAGCCUUUAAAUAAAUACUACAACUUCAUUGCUGGUUUAUAAGCCUGAAUAAGCAAAUACAUCAUUUGAAAAGAGCACAUUCAGGCAUAUUCAGAGUGAUUGUGGUAAGACUGACAACAAUAAAUGUGAAAAAGGCAAACUGUAUUUGCACGUUCAAGGUGGAUAUUCACAUUUAACUUUAAAAGUCCAGCCUCAGCUACUGUAUGUGGAUCUCAUGCACCUCUCUUUGUGCUGGAUACCGAAAUGCAUAUUAGAAUUUCAUAUGUUAGAUAACUGUUAGAAACUCUUAUCUCUGUGAAUUUAAAUGUCCUAACAAGCAAUAUGAAUUGUGCAGAUGUGCUGUUAACCACCUGAUUAAAGUCAACCAUAGGACUCUGAAAAUCAAUGAGCAGAUGCUUAAUUCACUAAUGACUCAUCAGGUGAUACUCAGCUUUGUGACAGGUCUGUGACACCAAAAGUAAAUGAAAGAACAAUGCAGGAGGAGUUAUUUGUACAGACAUCACAUUUAUUUAGCAUAAUGUUGUACAAUAUAUAAAUUGUCACGUUAAAUGCUUAUUGUUUCCAAUUAACCUUGGUAAAUCUUGCAGCCAAAGAAGCUGAAACUUUGAGUAAACUGAAACAGCACAUGCACUUUUUGGUAAUUUUGUCUUCUGUGCAACCAAACAGGGCGGAGAAUUAAUUAAUUCUAGUGGAAUUAAUUAAUUCUCCGAGCAAGCUGGAUUUAUAUCAAACAAACAAACAACCAAACAAACAAUCGGACAUGUUUUGUCUGUAUGAUUUAAUAGGUUUGUAACAUUUAAGUACUCUCACCAACAAUGACAAUCCAAACCAAAGGUCUGUUUUGAUUGUCCUAAUUGAUGUGUUCAGGCCACCUGUAGAUGUUGCAACAAGCCACCAGAUGGCUUGUUUCUCUGUAUAACAAACUACUCUUUCUUUAAUAUUGUUUUAGGUUUACUGCCAAUAUGUAUGAAUGCCAAAAGUAUGUUUAUAUACAGUGAUGUUUUUUUGCAAUAUGAAGGUUUGAUCUUAUUUGUUCACAUGGCAAAUAAAAUUAUUUUUAUAAGGUUG